CCGCCCUCCGAGUAACUCUCUCUCUCUCUCUCUCUGUUGGAUGCUCAGCCCAGCCUCUCCCUCCACCUGCAGCAGGCAAUCCCGACUUUCUUUCGAACCGAUCUAGAUGUCCCUCCCAGUCUCCCCGCCAUCGUCUCAUCCGAUCCGUGAUCAGUCACUGGGCCUAACACUCUACGUCGCACGCGUGUCUCGGGCACCUGCAUCCAGUAUCGAAUCAUGGCUUCCCACGCCGCCAUGCUCCUGGACCCGCGGGCCUACAAGAAACAGCUUCAACAGCAGCAGCAGAAAAACAAUGGUAAAUCCCCGGAUCCCACUCGAACCCCAUCGGAUCGCUGGAGCGAUGGACCCAGUGACCAUCACCAAGAGGACCAUCACCACAACCGUCAAUACUCCUUGCCUGCCUCGCUGCGUUGCCCCUCCCCUCCAGAUGACCCCAUCGACUUAGACGCCAACGAAAACUCACUUUCUCUUCUAGUAGGAACAAGCGCCCAACAGGAUCCGUCGUCCUCGCCUCAGCGCACUGUCGUUGCGCCGCCCGCGGGUACCGCCUCCGCAGCGCAGCGGCUUCUAAGUCCCCGGCGCCGUCAGCCGUCGCAACGGGCGAGCCCCAGGUCAAAGUCCAGAUCGCAGUCACUAUCUACGAGGUCGCCGAGUACCCGCGAUACGGGGAGUUCGUCGCCGCAGCAGCAGGAGGCGAGUUUGGAACCCGCGCUGGAUGUGGAGUUUGCUAGUGCUCAGUUCGAAGAGCGGACGGACGGGAAACGGUCUUCGGAACAGAUGGAUGAAACGCGCCACGGGAGUUUAAUUGAGAAUAUGUACGGGGUGGAGGGGCGUUCGAGCCAGCUAUAUAAGAGGGUCAAAGUAGAAGAGAAUGGGCCACGGUCUGUGAACCACAAGUUCACAGGCGUGGGGAGUACGGGCUUGGGCAAUUGGAUGAAGGAUGGUCGUUCAAAUUCGAAUUCCCCGGCCGUGCUGCCUGAUGUUGUUGACUUGACUACUGAUGCGUCAGGGCCAGCGACGGAUGACGACGAUGUGCAGGUCACCGGCUCAAAUGACCUCAGUCUUCAGCGGGUCUGCUAUGGAAAGAUUGAGAAUGCUACGAUUCAGGCGCAGUUGGUACCUAAGCCUUCGUCACAGACUAUCUUUGGCGACUCCACGCAUGACUGGCCUUCCAUGAAGCUAGGCGUGCAUCGACAACCGGGCCAGAACAACCGGAUCGAAGUGUCAGACCCCAACGGAAAGAUAUUCGGGACGGUUGAUGCGAAAACAGCGUCGGUCGUCGUUCCGCUCCUCGAUUCGCCGGCUCUGAAGGUAAAUAUCACCGCCCGUUUGGACGUCCGGAGGAGAAAGGACGACGAGUGGCCCUGGGCGCCUUGUUCAUAUGCAUACCGAGCGUCCGUCAAUCUGUAUGGUCUGAGGAAGGAUGCGGAGCUUGUGGGGAAACAUCUGGGUCAGCAUAAUGUCUGGCUGGGGACGCCAUUUUCGGUGGAACAGGGCGUUCCUGUGCACAAUCCACAUGCAGAGAGGCGACGGGCUCAAGCGGCGAUGCUGCCUGCGGCAGCUGCGAGGGGCCGGGUGGGAGUCAACUAUGAAGUGCGAACAGCCGAAGAAGUAAACGACGCCGUGAUGAAAAUGUUCGAUCAGCUGCAGAGCGCCGACAAUUUGCCCGAAAUGGACCCUCCGUCUUCUUUGAACACGCCGUUGCUUCGGCAUCAGAAGCAGGCACUUUGGUUCAUGACAGAGAAGGAAAAGCCACGCAGGUUUGGGCCCAAGGAGGCGGACAAUAACUCGCUCUGGCGGGUGGUUUAUCGCCAGAAUGGCAAGAGGCGGUACCGUGAAAUCAUAAGCGGGAUGGUGCUAGAUGAAGAGCCUCCACAGAGUCUGGGAGGACUGCUGGCGGACAUGAUGGGGCUGGGUAAGACCCUGAGCAUUCUCUCCCUAGUUCUGUCUUCCCUGAAGGAGGCCAACCAGUGGGCGGAUCUAAUCCCCGAUCCCGAGCUUGUCCGCAGCUUGCCGGGCAUCCGCAAUACCAAGACGACGCUGCUGGUGGCACCUCUCAGCGCUGUCAACAACUGGUCCAAUCAGAUCAAGGAGCAUCUGAAGGAAAAUGCGCUUUCGUCCUAUGUUUUCCAUGGACCGACCCGGACCAAUGACGUGGAAGAAUUGUCCAAAUAUGACCUUGUGAUCACCACGUACAGCAUCGUCCUUAGUGAGCUGUCUGGACGAGGAGCAAAGCGGGGCGUCAGCCCUUUGACCAAGAUGAACAUGUUCCGCAUUGUGUUGGAUGAAGCGCACACGAUCCGCGAACAGAGUGCAGCGCAGACUCAGGCCAUCUUCAAGCUCAAUUCCCAGCGGCGAUGGUCCGUGACCGGAACGCCCAUCCAGAAUCGCCUCGAAGAUCUCCUCUCGGUCACCAAGUUCCUGGGGCUCUUCCCUUAUGACGACCGAGGGCGGUUCGGAAUACACAUCCUCAGUCGCUUCAAAACGGGCGAUGCAUCAGUGCUGGCCAGCUUGCGGGUGCUGGUAGAUUCGUUCACGCUCCGCCGGGUGAAGGACAAGAUUGAUCUUCCGGCACGGCACGAUAAGAUCAUCGUGCUCAACUUUACGGAGAAGGAACAACAGCUGCACGAGUUCUUCCGCAAGGAGUCCAACGUCAUGAUGCGGGUGAUUGCCGGUGAAGAGCAGUCCAAGAUGAAAGGUCGCAUGUACCACCACAUCCUCAAGGCGAUGAUGAUCCUCCGACAGAUCAGCGCGCACGGCAAGGAACUGCUCGAGCCAGACGACCGCAAGCGCAUCAAGGGCAUGAGCGUGCACGACGCAAUCGAUCUCGAAGAAGGCGCAGGCGACGCUGCCGGAGCCACCGACAAAAAGGCUUACGAAAUGUUUACACUCAUGCAGGAGACUUCCGCAGACACAUGCGCUGUAUGCGGGAAGCGCCUGGAGGAGCCAAGCUCCGAUAAUGGCACGACCGACAGGCAAACAGCCAUGGCGAUUCUGCUGCCGUGCUUCGAUGUCCUGUGUCCAGACUGUUUUUCGGGGUGGAAACCCGCUUUCGACCGUCCGGUGGGCUCGGCGCACGAUAUCAAAUGCCAGGUGUGUGAUGGCUGGAUGCCAGCCUCGUAUUCCACGAUCACGGUAGGUGGACUGCAGGACUACCUGGUGGAUCAGGCGCAAGCCAAACAGAGCCGACGACACGGCAAGACGUUAGGGGAGUACGAGGGACCACACACGAAGACCAAGGCGCUGGUGGCGCAGCUCCUGGAAACAGCCGAGGAGAGUAAGAGCCAAGGGCCCGGGGAGCGGCCGAUCAAAAGCGUGGUGUUCUCGGCGUGGACGUCGCACCUGGACUUGAUUGAGAUUGCGCUGCGCGACAACGACAUCAACGGGUUCGCACGGCUCGAUGGGACGAUGAGUCUGGCAGCGCGAAGCAAGGCGCUGGAGGAGUUUCACAGUAACCCGGACAUCACGGUGCUCCUGGCGACGAUCGGGGCCGGCGGCGUGGGUCUGAACUUGACAGCGGCGUCCAAGGUGUAUAUAAUGGAGCCGCAGUACAAUCCAGCGGCAGUGGCGCAGGCCGUGGACCGCGUACAUCGCAUCGGGCAGACGCGCGAAGUGACGACAGUACAGUUCUUGAUGAAGGGCAGUAUUGAGGAAAAGAUCUUCGAGCUAGCGAAGAAGAAGCAGCAGCUGGCAGAUUUGAGUUUGAACAGGGGGAAGCUGGACAAGAAGGAGGUGCAAGAGCGUCGCAUGCGCGAAUACCGGAGUUUAUUCAAGUGAUGGUGAUAUACCGAUGAUUCCUUUAUUCCCUGGUGAAGCACCAUAUUCACUAGAAGGAGAUGCUGCGCUCAUACUGAUAAUACUGGUUUGAUACCCGAGAGGCGUUUGGUUGAUUUAUUGCAUUCCUGGAUUUUUUUUUUCACCCUCAUUUCAUGCAUCUGGAUUUGUUUUCCACCCAUCAUUCAUUUAAUCUCAUUGAUCUAUCUCCUUUUUGCUAUGUGAUUAAUUCCGUGAUACACGAUAGAGGAGAACGGAGGUAAGGAAAGGAAAGGAAAGGAAGAGAGAAAGA